UCUAAAUGUUGAGUCAUCGCGUGAUAGCAUUGUAAUAACGCCUUGGUAUUUUCGAAGUUUUCGCCGUAAAAUCGCUCGAAAUUUUUAAACAUUUUCACAUAUUCGGCGAUAACGUCCCAUAAGUUAACAAAAUCAGUGCAAAAAUCCGGAAAAAUCGGCCCUAUUUACCUAAAAUAACGAUAAAUUAAAUCGCUGGUUCUCUAGUUUCUGAAGCAAACAUCUGUCUCGUGAAUCGGUCGGGUGGCGCUCGGGCGUCCUCGGAAAUCGCUGAUGGAGUACGUGCUUUCGUCGUAACAGAAAGCAAAGCAUAUCAGAUAGGUGGCGUUGUGUAAAACCAUUCAGGGCUUUCGCCUCACUUCCACACCGUCCUUACAAAUGACAUGGCUGCCAGGAUCAAGAAACAACCAGCGUCGACCAAGGAGGUAGUUAUGCCUCAAACGAGCAAGCCUGAAGGGGAGGAAGGCUUAGCCGCAAGCAGCGAGGGUGGAAUUCUAAAAAAACUAACCAAAAAACCAGUGGUGAAGACUACAAGAGUCAAAAAAAUUAUCAAGCUUAAAGCGAAAGCCAAAAGGGAAUCAAAGAAAAAGGCAAAUUUAAAAAUUAAUCCUAAGAAUUUUGCGCGGGUUUUAAUGGAAAAUGGAAAAGAUCCACAACCAAAGAAAGUGCUUCUCAAGAAUGGUACCGAGGAAGUAAUAAAACGUAAACGAGCGCCGAAAAAAAUUGCAAUAAAAAAAGAAACGGAGGAAGAAUCGCCACCGGUUUUAGAACCGAUUUUCCCGCAAGAAGAAAAUGAAAUAAAGGUGCCGAAAAAGCGUGGUAGAAAAAAAAUUCCGAUUUUAAUUGAUAUGAAGAAAAUUAAAUCGGAACCGUCCGAGCAGCAACCGGAAGGUUCUGGCCAAGACGCUUUGGAGGCGUUACCAAGCCUAGUAAAUGUUCUUCCUAAGGUUAGAAGGAAACCUGGAAGACAACCGCGAAAACCAAAGUUAGUUAUUCCACCUAUAGAACAUAUGACAGAACUACCUUUGCUAAUUGAUUCAACCAAAGUAAAACAGGAACCUGAAGAAAUGAAUUCGGGAGACGUGUCUUGUAUACCUCCAUUACUACCCAAAGUGAAGAGAGUGAGAAAGAAGCAACACUUAGAUAAAAAUAUUGAAUUAGUAAAGAAGACACUGAUCAAAAAGGAAAAUAUUGAGAACACUUUAAGCAAAUUAGAUCCCGCAGAUGUGAAAGUAAUUGAUAGGUUAGAUUUGAAUGUAAGAAAAUUUAAGACUGAGGUACCAAAAGAAAAGAGAAGACAUAGUAUAGAGAAGUUUCCUAUUGAGCAAAGUGCUACUGACGAGGAUCUGAUGCCGCAAUUAUCUGUGUUUAAUUUGUUACCUAGAUCUAUAAGCCCUAAAACUUCGAAACGAGGAGGGAAAAUGGGUAAUAAGCGAGCCAGUCCAUAUACAACCCGUUUAGAUGCACCCUCGCGUAUUCUUCGUAACGGGAGAUACCGAAAUCUAAAAGAUAUUGUGCUUUUGGAAGGCUUAGAAGGCCCCAAGAGGCGCAAACGUGUACAUUCCGAUAUGAGUGGUGGUGAAACAGCAUCUAAGUUAUCUGGGUAUGAAUCCGAUAGCAGUUUUUCAGACUUGGCCUCGAUUCACGAUAGUGAGAAAGAAAGUGAAACUUUAAAACCGAAUAUUAAAGAGCUAGACAAUAUGCUUAUUGACAGUUCGACAAACUGUGGCUCGGAUUUAGAUAAGCCAAACUGUUCAACUGAAAAGCAGCUUAUCGAUACUAAUUCCAAUGUGUGUGCCGCAAUGAAAAACUAUACGGAAAUGAGAAUAGAUGAAAAUCUUACUGAGGAUGCGCCUAGUCAAAAAGUACCUGAGAAAGGAGUUCUAUUAGAUAUAAUGAAGCAAACGUUCAAUGAUAUUUGUGGGGAAAAGUCAUUAUCUAAGGUUGAAACACCUUGUAGUUCUGUGGAAGUCAACAAAAAGGUCUUAGAGGAGAAAACUGUUGCAAUAAUGCCUGUAGAAGAUGUUCUCUCCUUAAAGAACAUGACUGAAGAGGAGGAAUUGCGGCAACUGUUAGAGCAAACAGAGCCUGAUGUUAAAAAUAACUUAAACGAUGAUGCAGGAAACAUUUUAAAAGCACAAGAUGAAUUCGAGGAACAAGCCGCAAUAAAAAAUAUGGUCCAAGACUGCAUUAAUAGUAUCGAAACACUUUCCCAAGUGGCGUCUACUACAGCCACACCUGGCAUAUCACUCAAAGAGGAAUCAACUCCAGAAAAUAAAGAAGAUGACAUUCCGGUAAUAGAUAAUAUGUCAACGGCCAUUUUAGAACCACCGCCAAAUCAUGAGCACCUGGACCCACCGCUAUUGGAAUCCAGCAUAUUGGAACCGGAAUCGUCCUCAAUUAAACGUUUAGUUAUGGACGAUCCCAAUAUUGGAAUAGCUGUUAGAGAGAAGGAUAAUAUAGUAUUUUUUUCUAUUGACGAAGCAGCAGAGGCUGACGAACAUGUUGAUUGUACAGACGAAGUAAUUCAAAAUGUUGAAAUUAUCAGCAAAGACGAUGAAAUUAUUAAUACCAUUGAUGAAGAAAAUGAACUAGAAGCCAAUGAAACCAAUACAGAUGAAGGAAUAAUCAAUAAUGCGGAUGAAGAAACCAAAGUAGAUGAUAAUGAAAAAAUCUGUUAUGAUCAAAUUGAAAGCGUUAGCAAAGUUAACGACGACCAGAACCAACCGAAGAUAAGAAGUGAAGAUAUUUCUGAUAUUGUAGAAGAAACUAAAGACGAUGCUCCGCAAGUUCCUGAGCAAGAAUUAAUAGAAGAGAUGACCACACAAUCGAUAGAGGAUACUGCAGAAGUAAAACCUGUCGAGGAACAAGAAAAUAAUGAAAAAGAUACAAAUAAAAAUGAAUUGCUAACAGAACAUCUAGAACCGUGUGCAGAGCCUACAAUGGAGUGUGUACCCUUUAUACCUGUAAUAAAAGACUCUUCUGAAAUACCUUCUAACGAGGUAGUUAUGCCGGUGAUUGUUUCUGUAGAAACCGUCAAAGAAAAAUGUUCCGAUGAAGAAUGUGCGAGAGAAAUAGAUAUGGAUGAACAAUAUAAAAAACCCCUUGAAUUUUUAGAAGAUGAAAUUGUUAAGCCAACGACUGAAAGUAAUUGUGAUAAACCUGGUGUAAGUGGUGAAAUGAUGGAAAAGGCGUUGAUACAAACUGUUGAACAGCCUGAGGAAUCUCCCGAGGAGAUUGCACAUAAAGAAAGUAUUUUAAAUGCAUUGGGCUUACAAAGCAUAAAAGGUGAAAAAGAAUCCUCUACAUCAAAGAAGAAAAGCAAAGUUUCCGCUUCCAAGGCUGCCGGCUACACGGGAACUCUGAAAACUGUGAUAAAAAUUAACAAGAAAAAGGGAAAAAAUCCUUUAAAAAUGACCCUUCAAAAGAGUAAGAGUAAACAUGAAGACGGCACCGAGGCAGAAGAAGGUUAUAAAAUCAUGAAGGAGGGUGGUUCCACUUCAUGGAAACAUAGCAAUACAUCGGAUUCAGCUGGUGCGCACCGUAAAUCACAUUAUUCUAACAGAUCUAACAUGGAGGGUAGUAGUGAUCACACCUCAGAUGGAGAACAAAGUGGACCUCAUGACAAACCCCAACCUGAAAAAUCCCUAAUCGUUCCAGAAAAAGCAAGUUCCUUUAGCAUACAUCCUGGACGUUUAUGUAAAGACGAAUGUUCUUACUGUUUUGGAAAGUUCGGACUCUUUGACACACCCUGUCAUAUUGCCCAAAUUAAGAGCGUUGACAGGCAAAACAAAAUACUUGCUGCUGAAAGUCACCUGACCAGAGACUCGUGCCUUUGUGAUGCUUGUUACCGUCACGUCGACAGAAAAUCAAAUUCGCCUUCCUAUAUUAAUAAAUCCCUCAAAAGAAAUUCUUUGGUGGCUCCGGGACCAAGGCAAAACCACUGCCACGUACUCGGUUGUAAUAACGUUUCUUCCAAUAUUUUACGAAGGAAGUGGAUUAUAAAGAUGCGAAAGAGCAUCUGCCAAGUGAUAAAUAUAGACUUAGAUAAUCCAGGACUUCAUUCAAUACCUAUCUGUGAUGAACAUUUUUCAAAACUAGAGCAUUUGAUGAUAUGCGCCAUGUGCAAACGCAGAUUGGCUAGAAAUCAUAUCCAUUAUUUAGGACCAGAAGUUCAAGAAUUAAAUGAAGCGCUUAAAGAUGAAGGAAUUUUAAUAAACUUAUCAGAUAAACCAGUUGUUUGCAAAUUAUGUAAGUGCUUUGCGUCGAUUAUUCUCAAAGAUCCAGAAGAAAGACUGGAGAAUUGCCGAAAUUUCUUUAUUGAGUACAAAAAAAGACUGUUGCAUUUUAACGACAUCAUUCCAAUGGAUUCAACAGCUGCGGAUGAGCCUCUUGUAAUUCCAACUAGAACUGAAAAACUAAAGGAAGCCGAAUGCGGUAAAAGAAAAAAGAGAAGCAGAAAUUCCUCAAAUGAGACCGAUCAUUCUAAGGAUGAUGAAAAUGAUGACCAUGAUAAUAUCGAGGGUUCCAGAAAACGGGUAGCAUCCAGCGACACGAAUCUCUCUCGAAGCGCCAAUCAGUCUCGAGCACAAUCCCCCGAGGGUGAUGAAUAUAGUGGGGUUGACUAUAACACCCUUAUUCCAGCCAUUGCAAUGGAAUGCCCUAGUGAUAGUGAAAACAAAAAAGAUGGUAAAAUUGCAGCAAAAACUGUAACAAAGACUGAAACGGUAACAAAAGCGUCAGAUGCGCUAAGAACAUAUAAAAGCAAAAAUGACCUAGCUGCUCAAAGGUUAGGGCAGAAUCCGUCAAUAUCGCUUAAACCCAAUUAUGGGACAAAAUCGGAUUCCUGGCAGGAUGAGCGGUCUAGCAAACUCAUUACAAACCCUUCUAUAUCUGUCAGGCAGCUUUUCCCAGGUGAAGAAGAAUUGGGCUUAGCAGGGGACAUCGACUUUAAAAACGUCCUCGGUAGAACACCAGAAGGUUGGGAAAAAUGUACUUCGGUUAUUCAAUACGACGAGGAAACCAAACUGCUUUGGCAAGAGUUACAGAAGCCUUAUGGAAGCAAGAGUAGUUUCUUGAGGCAUCUGAUUUUACUCGAGAAAUAUUUUAGAAACGGAGACCUCGUCCUUUCUCCAACGGCAAGUCAUCAUGCAGUAAACUACCGCGAAAGCGUUCAAAAUCGCUUACGCGCUUAUGAUAACAUCCCUAGCAAAACCUCAAAUGUGCAACCUCCAAGCAUGGUCCAGUUUAAUAAAAUUCACAGAACCAGUGGUGGAGUAAUGAUACAAAAUAGCACCAAUGGACUCGCUCCUAUCACUAUUAGCCAGGUUGGUGAAAGCGAGAUUCAAUCUUCAAGAACACCGAUUACUGUCCACCAACUAAGACAACCACCUUUAUACCCAACCAGCACGAUGCUUCAGAAUUUGGCAAGAAAUAGACCGAAUGCUCCUCCCGGACUAAUUUCCAUUAACCAAAGACCCCAAGGUCCUUCAAACGUUAGAGCGCAGGCUAGUCAGAAGAUUAAAUUUCCCAUUACGAAGAACUGGAGACCUAAUUUGAUCCCUAUAGAUCCUAAUAAGAAGCACGAGAGAAAGCCCGGACUUGUCCAGGUCAUCUCAGGUGGAAAACCAUACCAUAUAACUCUAGAGGACUACAAGAAAAUGUGCGCCAUUAAACGCAGUUUUGAAGCUAAACAAAAAAAACUACAGGAACAACAAAUUUUAUCGAAACAACAAUCACCGGUAAUGCUAAGUCAGGGCUCUGUUCUUAAAACGGUCGUACCCAAAAAGAGUUUAUUCAUUGGAAAAACUUCCGGUGGUACAGUAAUUGAAGGUAAACCCUUAAGUUUAGUACCAAUCAGCACCGCGUCAUCAACCAUUACCAGCGAGUCAACCGAAUCUAUUUUGGAGAAACUUGAUAAAACGGUGGAAAGGCUUGGACAAAAUCAAGAUUCCCCUAGCAUAAUGGCUUAUGCACUCGAUAAAAACCCAGCUAUCCAAAUUAUACCGAGAAUACCAAAAUCAUUAACAAUUACAUCUCAGACCGUAACAAAAACCGGACCUCCUAGUCCUGUUUUAUGUAUUACACCCAGGACCAGUUCAAAUGGUUCGAGCAGUAAUGAUAAUAGCUCUGGACAACCUUGAUUAAUGUUGUUGGUUGUAAAAGUUAACCAGAAAGUGCCUAACGUUAUUACAAAGUAGUGGUGUUUCUUUUUUUUAAUAUGGUUUAGUCUAUAUGUUUGGUUUGGGUAUUGCGUUUCAAUUUAGCCCUGUUUUUUCCUAUGAAACACUUUGGUUGUAGCAGCAUUGUAAAUAUACAUCUGUAGGGUUUGUUAAUGUUAUAAUAUUGAAUAUGUUUGGAAUAGGGAUUUUUCUUUUCAAUUUUUUACUCAAUCGAAGCAUUUUGUAAAUAGUCGAUUUUCAAUUUAUAGGCAUAGAAGCAAUAGGCAUUGUUCUAAAUGGAAACGUUCACACACAGGGAUAUUUUGCUAAGAAUAUCGAAGCAAUUUUUUGACAAAGAUUAUAUGAAUAAUAUUAAUUUAAUUAAAAGUUUUCGGGAUAUUAGAACAGCUUAUAGGGCUGAUAGAAACGAAUGGAGAUGUGAUUGCGACGGGACAAUCGAAAUGAAUAUCAUUUUGACCUUAACACAAUUCGUGAUUAAUUUCGCGGAGUGUAAUAGUUUUAUUGUUAUUGACGCCAAAUGGUAUUUUAUUAAUUUAUUAACGUUUUGAAGAGUUAUAGUAAUUUCAUUUUCUGAGGACAAGCAGUCAAUGGUCGAAAAUACACUUUACGAUCUGUUAGAUACAAGAUUUUUCCUAGAGGUGUCUUAAAAUACCUUCUAUAGAUUCUGAAAAAAAUGGCCUUAAAAGAUAUCAAAAUUUUGUUGAAAAAGUAGAUAGGAUUAGAAAAAUGGUGAUAUUAAUAUCGAAUUAGGUCAUAAUAAUCUAAACUUUUGGAUGUGAAAAAAUAUUUUACUGCAGGUACUUAUUUAUCUAAUUUAAGAAGAAAAAAAGGAACAGUAAAUUUUACGGCACUCAAGUAAAUUAUUAAAUUUACAAAAAAUCUAAGAAAUCUAAAAAAAAAUUUAACAAUUUUACCUUUUUGAUAACUAAUGAUUUUAAAUUAAAUGGAUAACGCCAACAAAAAAAUAUAGAAUAUUCCAAACAUAAUCAAUUAUUUCACAUCAACAUUACAGUUACUCUUAACAAAAUAAAAGAAACAAAAAUAAAUAAUUUGUAAAAUACAUUUAUUAUGUGUGUAAAAAAAAGUAAAAAAUUAUUGACAAAAAAGGCUAACUAGUAUUGCCUUUUUUUAGAGCAAUUUAUCUAUUUUCUGUUUUUUUUUUGUAAUUUUGUAGAUACAUAUAUUAAUUUAAAUAUGAUUACAAGGUGUAUCAUAAAUUUCUACAAAUAUUAUCUUUUUGCUUAGUUAGAAUUUAAUUAAGUUAGAAAAUGUGUAUAUUAUUUACUUUAUUACAACUAACUACUGAUAACCCGAGGAUAUACAAAGUUCAGGUAUUUUAUUUAAAAACUCUACUUUGGUCACAUACCUGCAGUUACUUAUGAUACACUAUGUACAUAGCAAUAAAUAUAUUAUAAUAGAAUAAGACGUCGUACAUGCAAAACAUCUUUUUAAAUAAAUCGUAUUUUUUA